AUGGAGGAAAAUGCCAAAGCCAGCUUUGAAGAAGAUUUUGAAGGACAGGCGACACACACAGGACCAAAAGGUGUCAUCAACGACUGGAGGAAGUUUAAAUUAGAAAGUGAAGAUCGAGACUCCUUAUCCCUGAGCAAGAAAGAAAUCCUUAGACAAAUGUCUUCGCCACACAGAUGUUACAGUAAAGACGAUAAAGACACCAGAGAGAGAUUCUGCCGUAAGAUGAGCAUGCAGGAGUACGAAUUAAUUCACGACGAGCAAGAAGACGAAAGCUGCCUACAGAAGUACCGCAAGCGCUGCAUGCAGGAUAUGCACCAGCGGCUGAGCUUCGGGCCGAAAUACGGCUACCUGUGCGAGCUGCAGAACGGGGAGCAGUUCCUGGAGGCUGUGGAGAAGGAGCGCAAGACCACCACCGUCAUCGUCCACAUCUACGAAGACGGCGUCAAGGGCUGCGACGCUCUCAACAACAGCCUGACCUGCCUGGCGGCUGAGUAUGCCACAGUGAAGUUCUGCAAGAUCAAGGCCUCCAACACGGGGGCUGGGGAUCGCUUCUCCAACGAAGUGAUUCCCACUCUGCUCGUCUACAAAGGGGGGGAGCUGCUGAGCAACUUCAUCAGCGUUUCUGAACAGUUCAACGAGGAGUUUUUCGCCGUGGAUGUGGAGGCUUUCCUAAACGAGUAUGGGCUGCUGCCUGAAAAGGAGCUGCCGGCCCUGGGAAACGGCAACACCGAUGAGCCAGAUGUUGAGUAG